AGGUGAAGCUUUCUUUUAAUAUUUUACCUUGUUGAUGAACUCAAAAUAGGAUUCUAAAUGUUUCUGAAGAACUGAAAGAUUGCUGGGUCAUGAACACAGACAGUAACUCACUGGCACGUGAAUUUCUCACUGAUGUCAACCGACUUUGCAAUGCAGUGGUUCAGAGAGUGGAGUCCAGGGAGGAAGAGGAGGAGGAGACGCACAUGGCCACCCUUGGACAAUACUUGGUUCAUGGCCGAGGAUUUUUGUUACUUACCAAGCUAAAUUCUAUCAUUAACCAGACAUUAACGUGUAGAGAAGAACUCCUGACUCUUCUCCUGUCACUUCUUCCACUGGUAUGGAAGAUACCUGUUCAGGAAGGAAAGGCAACAGAUUUUAAUCUACCAUUCUCAGCCAAUAUAAUCCUGACCAAAGAAAAGAACUCAAGUUCACAAAGAUCUACUCAGGAAAAACUAUAUUUAGAAGGAAGUACCCCCUCUGGUCAGGUUUCUUCAAAAGUAAACAUUUUUCGCAAAAGCAGAGGACAACGUAAAAUUACUCAGCGCUAUUCUAUAAGAGAUGCAAGAAAGACUCAACUUUCCACCUCAGAUUCAGAAGCCAAUUCAGAUGAGAAAAGUAUAGCAACAAAUAAGCAUAGAAGGUCUCACGUGACACAGCACUUUGUUUCACAGUCUUCUAAAGAAGACCACCUUACAGCUAAACUUGACCCUUUAGCAUCCAAAGAAGAACAGAUUCCUACUGAUACCAUGGCUUUGGAAAAUUCCAGAGAGAUCCUUUCAAGACAGGAGUCAAACACUGAUAUUUUAAGUGAGCCAGCCGCAUUGUCUAUUCUCAGUCAAAUGAACAAUACUCCUUUUGAUUUGUGUCAUGUUUUGUUGUCUUUAUUAGAAAAAGUUUGUAAGUUUGACAUUACAUUAAAUCAUAAUUCUGCUCUAACUGCCAGUGUAGUACCCACAUUGACUGAAUUCCUAGCAGGCUUUGGAGACUGUUGUAAUCAAGGAAGUAGUUUAGGGAGUCAGAUAGUUCCAGGUUGGACCGAAGAGCCAGUGGCUUUGAUUCAGCGGAUGCUUUUUCGAACUGUGUUGCAUCUUAUGUCAGUAGAUGUUAGUACCGCGGAGGUGAUGCCAGAAAGUCUUAGAAAAAAUUUAACAGAAUUGCUUAGAACAGCUUUAAAAAUUAGAACUUGUCUGGAAAGACAACCUGACCCUUUUGCACCACGACUAAAGAAAACACUACAGGAAGUUCAGGAAGGAUUUGUGUUUUCAAAAUAUCGUCAUCGAGCCCUUAUUUUACCCGAGCUUCUGGAAGGAGUUCUACGGAUCCUUAUCUGUUGUCUUCAAAGUGCAGCUUCAAAUCCCUUCUUCUUUAGUCAAGCCAUGGAUUUGGUCCAAGAAUUUAUUCAACAUAAUGGUUUUCAUUUAUUUGAAACAGCAGUUCUUCAAAUGGAAUGGCUAGUUUUAAGAGAUGGAGUUCCUGUUGAGGCUUCCGAACACUUGAAAACUCUAAUUAAUAAUGUGAUGAAAAUCAUGAGCACUGUCAAAAAGGUGAAAUCAGAGCAACUUCAUCAUUCAAUGUGUACAAGAAAAAGGCAUAGACGAUGUGAAUAUUCUCACUUUAUGCAUCACCACAGAGAUCUCUCAGGUGUUCUUGUUUCAGCUUUUAAAAAUCAGGUUUCCAGAAAUCCCUUUGUAGAGACUGCAGAUGGAGAUGUUUAUUAUCCUGAGCAGUGCUGCUGUAUUGCAGUAUGUGCUCACCAGUGCUUGCGCCUACUGCAGCAGUCUUCCUUGAGUAGCACUUGUGUCCAAAUCCUGUCAGGUAUUAAUAACAUUGGAAUAUGCUGUUGUAUGGAUCCCAAAUCUGUAAUCAUUCCUUUGCUCCAUGCUUUUAAAUUGCCAGCAUUAAGGAAUUUUCAGCAGCAUAUACUGAAUAUACUUAACAAACUUCUUUUGGAUCAGUUGGGAGGAGCUGAGAUAUCACAAAAAAUUAAACAAGCAACUUGCAAUAUUUGUACUGUUGAUUCUGCUCAAUUAGCCAAACUUGAAGAAAUGCUGCAGGGAAACUCAUGUGAUGCUGAGCCUUCCUCAAGUUUAUCCAGCUCUUCUUAUAGAUUUCAAGGGAUCCUUCCCAGCACUGUUUCUGAAGACUUGUUAUGGAAAUGGGAUGCCCUGGAGGCUUAUCAAAAAAUUGUUUUUGAAGAUGACAAACUACAUAGUAUGCAAAUUGCAAAUCAUAUUUGCAAUUUAAUUCAGAAAGGGAAUGUAGUGGUUCAGUGGAAAUUGUAUAAUUACAUAUUUAAUCCUGUGCUUCAAAGAGGAGUUGAACUAGCCCAUCAUUGUCAGCAUCUUAAUAUUACUUCAGCUCACACUCAUGUAUGUAGCCACCAUAACCAAUGUUUGCCUCAGGAAGUGCUUCAGAUUUAUUUAAAAACUCUGCCUAUGCUGCUAAAAUCAAGGGUGAUAAGAGAUUUGUUUUUAAGUUGUAAUGGAGUAAGUCAAAUAAUUGAAUUAAAUUACUUAGAUGGUGUUCGAAGUCAUUCCCUAAAAGCCUUUGAAACUUUGAUAAUGAGCUUAGGGGAACAACAAAAAGAAUCUUCAAUUCCAGGUAUUGAAGAGAUAGAUGUUGAAGAGAAGUCAUCUUUAAAUAUAGGUACUUCUUUUCCCAGCCAGCAAUCUUACUCAGAUUCCUCUCAGAAUCUUAGCAAAUUUUAUGCUGGCCUUAAAGAAACUUAUCCAAAGAAACAGAAAACCGUUAAUCAGGAUGUUCAUGUCAACAUGAUAAAUUUAUUCCUCUGUGUGGCAUUCUUCUGCAUAAGUAAAGAAGGAGAAUCUGACAAGGAGUCAGCGAUUGAUUCAGAAGACACAUCUGGUUACGAAAGUACAGCCAGUGAGCCUUUGCACCAGAUGCUGCCAUGUUUAUCCCUUGAAAGCCUUGUCUUGCCCUCUCCGAAACAUAUGCACCAAGCAGCAGACAUUUGGUCCAUGUGUCAUUGGCUUUACAUGUUGAGUCCAGUUUUCCAGGAACAGUUUUACAGGCUUGGUGGUUUCCAAGCAUGUCAUAAAUUGAUAUUUAUGAUAAUACAGACAUCAUUCAGAAGUCAUGAAGAGCGAGGCACAAUGGAUGGAGAUACAAAUGUAAAUGAAAGUGAAGUUUUAAACACAAGUUUUCAAUCUGAGAUAAGAAGGAAGGAAGAUUUGUCUUUGACUAUACAAAGUGAUCCUGUAGCAGAAUUGGAUAGUUUUAAAAGGAAUGAGUCACAGUAUAUUUCUUCUGUAAAUGUCGAACAAGUUUCAGUUGUUGAGGCGAUUCCUGAGGAGUCAAAGUUAUUUUCAAGUCAAGAAAAUGAGGCCUCAUUUCAGAGCAUUCGACUCUUUGAAGCCCUUCUGGCCAUUUGUCUUCAUAGUACCAGAUCUAGUCAGCAAAAGGUAGAUUCGGAGUUACCUAAUCAGAAAGUAUCUGUGGAAAGCAUCUUGCUUGAAAUUAGGGAUCAUCUUUUUCAAGCAAAAGUGGUUGAAACAGAAUUAGCAAAGCCGCUCUUCGAUGCCCUGCUUCGAGUUGCGCUGGGGAAUCAUUCAGCAGUUUUUGAACAUAAUGAUACUAUAACUGAAAUGAAUCAUCAAUCUGAAGAAUUAUCAUCCCAACCUGGUGAUUUUUCUGAAGAAGCUGAAGAUUCACAAUCUUCUGAUUUUAAACUUUUGAUUGAAGAAGAAGGUUAUGAAGCAGAUAGUGAAAGCGAUCCUGAGGAUAGUGAAACCUGGGAAGAUGGGAUAGAUUUAAAGCAUGAAACAGAAGGUUUCAAUUCACCAAACAGUCCCAAUGACUUACUUGAAAACUUCACUCAAGGGGAAAUAAUAUAUCCUGAGAUUUGUAUGCUGGAAUUAAAUUUGCUUUCCAGUAGUAAAGCUAACCUGGAGGUACUUGCUCAUGUAUUUAAGAGUUUUUUGAAAAUCAUCAGGCAGAAAGAAAAGAAUAUUUUUCUACUCAUACAACAGGGAAUUGUGAAAAAUCUUUUGGGAGGAUUCUUCACUAUUUUAACACAGACAGACUCUGAUUUUAAAGCCUGCCAGAAGAUAUUGGUUGAUCUGUUGGUAUCUUUGAUGAGUUCAAGAACAUGUUCAGAAGAGCUAACCCUUCUUUUGAGAAUAUUUUUGGAGAAGUCUCCUUGUACAGAAAUUCUUCUUCUAGGAAUUUUGAAAAUCAUUGAAAGUGACAUUUCUAUGAGUCCUUCACAAUAUCUGACCUUCCCUUUACUGCAUACCUCAAAUUUAAGUAACAGUGUUUCAACACAAAAGUGUCCUGGGAUUCUAAAUAGUAAAACUCUGGGAUUAUUGAGAAAAGCACAAAUUACACAGAGCAAGAAAGAGACUGAAAUAGAAAGUUUCUCUGAGCAGCUGCUUUCCUCUUGGCACAUAGCCCCGAUCCACCUACCUUUGCUGGGACAAAACUGCUGGCCACACUUGUCAGAAGGUUUCAGUGUUUCACUGUGGUUUAAUGUGGACUGUAUCAGUGAAACUGAGAGUACUAUGGGAAAAGGAAAGAAGGUGAAGAAAAGAAACAAAUCACUGAUUUUACAGGAUGGCAGUUAUGAUGGAACAGAGAUCAAUAGACCAGGAGGAGAAGAGUACACAGAUCCUGGUGAAAGACUCCUGGAUGAAGGCUGUAUUCAUAUGAUUUCAUUGGGAUCCAAAGCCUUGAUGAUCCAAGUGUGGGCAAACCCUACAAAUGGCACUUUUAUCUUUCGUGUGUGUGUGGACUCAAAUGAUGAUACGAAAGCAGUUUUACUAGAACAAGUUGAAUCACAGGAGAAUAUUUUUCUCCCAAGCAAAUGGCAGCACUUAGUACUCACGUACUUACAGCAGCCCCAAGGGAAGAAGAAUCUCCAUGGGAGAAUCUCCAUGUGGAUUUCUGGACAGAGGAAAUCUGAUGUUACUUUGGAUUUCAUGCUUCCCAGAAAAGCAAGUUUGUCAUCUGACAGUAAUAAAACAUUUUGCAUGAUUGGUCACUGUUUAUCAUCUCAAGAAGAGAUUUCGCAGUUGUCUGGAAAAUGGAAUCUGGGAAAUUUACUUCUCUUCAAUGGAGCUAAAAUUGGUACACAAGAAGCCUUUUAUCUAUAUGCCUGUGGACCUAACCAUACAUCUAUAAUGCCAUGCAAAUAUGGCAAGCCCUUGAAUUACUACUCAAAAUAUAUUAAUAAGGAAAUUUUGCAAUGUGAACAAAUCAGAGAACUUUUUAUGUGCAAGAAAGAUGUGGACAUUGAUCUCUUAAUUGAAAGUCUUUCAGUUGUUUAUACAACUUACUGUCCUGUACAGUAUACCAUCUAUGAACCAGUUAUUAGACUUAAAGGUCAAGUGAAAACCCAGCUCUCCCAGAGACCAUUCAGCUCAAAAGAAGUUCAGAGCAUCUUGCUAGAACCUCAUCAGCUAAAGAAUCUUCAGCCUACUGAAUGUAAAUCGAUCCAAGGCAUUCUGCAUGAGAUUGGUGGAACUGGUAUAUUUGUUUUUCUCUUUGCUAGGGUUGUGGAACUCAGCAAUAGUGAGGAAACUCAAGCAUUAGCACUACAAGUUAUACUCUCACUAAUUAAAUACAACCAACAGAGAAUACAUGAAUUAGGAAAUUGUAAUGGACUUUCCAUGAUUCAUCAGGUGUUGAUCAAACGAAAAUGCAUUGUUGGUUUUCACAUUUUGAAGACCCUUCUUGAAGGUUGCUGUAGUGAAGAUAUCAUUCAUAUCAAUCACAAUGGAGAGUUUAAAUUGGAUGUAGAAUCUAAUGCUAUAAUCCAAGAUGUUAACCUGUUAGAGAACCUAUUACUUGACUGGAAGAUAUGGAAUAAAGCAGAGCCCGGUGUUUGGGAAACUCUGCUGGCAGCUCUUGAAGUCCUCAUCAGAGCAAAUCACCAACUGCAGAUGUAUAAUGUUAAGCAGUUAUUGAAAGCUCGAGUGGUUCAUCACUUUCUGCUGACUUGUCAGGUUUUGCAGGAACACAAAGAGGGGCAGCUUACAUCCAUGCCCCGAGAGGUUUGUAGAUCGUUUGUGAAAAUUAUUGCUGAAGUCCUUGGAUCUCCUCCAGAUUUGGAAUUAUUGACAAUUAUCUUCAAUUUCCUUUUAGCAGUUCACCCUCCUACUAAUACUUAUGUCUGUCACAACCCCACAAACUUCUACUUUUCUCUGCACAUAGAUGGUAAGAUAUUUCAGGAGAAAGUACAGUCAAUAAUGCACCUGAGGCACUCCAGCAGUGGAGGCAAGUCUGUGCCUAGUCCUGGAUUUAGGACAAUAAGCCCAUCUGGCUUUACUGCUUCACCACAUGAAGGAAACAAUUCCUCUAGUAGUAUUUCACAACGGAAAACAACCAGCAUGCAUCGUACUAGAAGUUUACCAGCAUUCCCUACUUCACCUCUAAAGCAUCCACAAAAUUUGACUAAAAGUUUGUGUUGUAGUAUUAAUAAAUUACAAAACAUGCCAGAUACUUAUGUUACUUCACAGAAAGAGAAAAGAAAUCUUCUGGAAAGUUCUGAGACACUGAAAAAAGGCAAAGAAAAUACACUCAUCAGUAGCUGUGAGUCUGCAAAAACUAUCUGUGAAAUGGAAGCUCCCCUGUCAGUUCAAAAUCCUGUCAACGAUGUCCCAAAAGGAACUUUAGGAUUUAAGGAGUUGGAACCCAGAUCAGAUGAAGACAGUCCUGGAGAUGAGUUCUGCCCAAACCGGCCUGAUUACCUAAAGGGAUUGGCCACAAUUCAGCAAAGCCAUACCACUAUUGCCAGUUUGGGACUUGCUUUUCCUUCACAGAACGGAGGUGCUGCUGUUGGCCUAUGGCCAAGUCUUGUUGAUAGGAACACUGAUGACUGGGAAAACUUUGCCUUUUCUCUUGGCUAUGAGCCAAACUACAACCAAACAACUGGUGCUCACAGUGUGAUUGAAGAUUGUUUAGUUCCUAUUUGCUGUGGAUUAUAUGAACUAUUAAGUGGAGUUCUUCUCAUCCUGCCUGAUAUUAUGCUUGAAGAUGUUAUGGACAAGCUUAUUCAAGCAGAUACUCUUUUAGUCCUUAUUAAUCAUCCAUCACCUGCUAUACAGCAAGGAGUUAUUAAGCUAUUAGAUGCAUAUUUUAAUAGAGCAUCUAAGGAACAAAAAGAUAAAUUUCUGAAGAAUCGUGGCUUUUCACUGCUAGCCAACCAGUUGUAUCUUCAUCGGGGAACCCAGGAAUUAUUAGAAUGCUUCAUUGAAAUGUUCUUUGGUCGGCGUAUUGGCCUUGAAGAAGAAUUUGAUCUAGAAGAUGUGAAAGCCAUGGGACUUUUCCAGAAGUGGUCUGUCAUUCCUAUUUUGGGACUAAUAGAGACCUCUUUAUAUGACAAUGUGCUCUUACAUAAUGCUCUUUUACUACUUCUUCAAAUAUUAAAUUCAUGUUCUAAAGUAGCAGAUAUGUUAUUGGAUAAUGGGCUACUCUACGUGUUAUGUAAUACUAUAGCUGCCCUGACUGGAUUAGAAAAAAACAUUCCUUUAAAUGAAUACAAAUUGCUGGCCUGUGAUAUACAGCAGAUUUUCAUAGUAGUGACAAUUCAUGCUUGCAGUUCCUCGGGCUCACAGUAUUUCAGAGUUAUAGAAGACCUUGUUGUUCUGCUGGGAUAUCUUCAAAAAAGCAAAAACAAAAGGACACAAAAUAUGGCCAUUGUACUUCAGUUUAGAGUACUCCAGGCUGCAAUGGACUUUAUAAGGACCACAGCAAAUCAUGACUCUGAAAACCAUUCAGAUUCACUCCAGUUACCUUCUGCUUCCCAUCAUACAAUACUUCAGAAACGGAAGAGUAUUGCUGGAUCUCGAAAAUUUCCCCUUUCUCAAACUGACUCUCUUCUGAUGAAAAUGCGUUCAGUGGCAAGUGAUGAGCUUCAUGUGAUGAUGCAACGGAGAAUGAGCCAGGAAAACCCAGUCCAGGCAACAGAAACAGAGCUUGCUCAGAGACUGCAGAAGCUAACAGUUUUAGCUGUUAACAGAAUCAUUUAUCAAGAAUUUAAUCCAGGUAUCAUUGACAUUUUGAAUAUUCCUGAAAAUGCAACUCAAAAUCAGACUCCAGUUUCUCAGCCUGAAAUUUCAGAAGAAAAUAUUCAUCAUGAACAGCCUUCCAUAGUCAAUCCAUUUCAGAAAGAAAUAUAUACAUACCUGGUAGAAGGAUUUAAAGUAUCUCUCGGUUCAAGUAAAACCAGUGGGUCUAAGCAGCAGUGGAUUAAAAUAUUAUGGCAUUGUAAGGAAACUUUCCGAAUGCAGCUUGGGAGAUUAUUAGUACAUAUUUUGUCACCAGCCCACCCUUCCCGAGAGAGAAAGCAAAUUUUUGAAAUAGUUCUUGAACCAAAUCAUCAGGAAAUACUGCGAGAUUGCCUUAGCCCUUCCAUGCAACAUGGAGCCAAGUUAGUUUUGUAUUUGUCAGAAUUGGUGCAUAAUCACCAGGAUGAGUUGACUCAAGAGGAACUAGACACAGCAGAACUACUUAUGAAUGCUCUUAAACUGUGUGGGCAUAAAUGUAUACCUCCCAGUGCAUCAACAAAAUCAGACCUUAUUAAAAUUAUAAAAGAGGAACAAAAAAAAUAUGAAACUGAAGAAGGUGUGAAUAAAGCUACCUGGCAGAAAACCGUUAAUAAUAAUCAGCAAAGUCUCUUUCAGCGUAUUGAUUCAAAAUCAAAGGAUAUAUCUAAAAUCGCUGCAGAUAUCACCCAGGCAGUGUCUCUCUCCCAAGGAAUUGAGAGAAAAAAGGUGAUUCAGCAUAUCAGAGGGAUGUAUAAAAUAGAUUUGAGUGCCAGCAGACACUGGCAAGAACUUAUUCAACAACUGACGCAUGAUAGAGCAGUCUGGUAUGACCCCCUCUACUAUCCAACUUCUUGGCAGUUGGAUCCAACAGAAGGUCCAAAUCGAGAAAGAAGGCGUUUACAGAGAUGUUACUUAACUAUUCCAAAUAAGUAUCUCCUGAGAGAUAGACAGAAAUCAGAAGAUGUGGUCAACCCACCACUUUCUUAUCUAUUUGAAGACAAAACUCAUUCUUCUUUCUCCUCGACUGUAAAAGACAAAGCAGCAAGUGAAUCAAUAAGAGUGAAUCGUAGAUGUAUCAGUGUUGCACCAUCUAGAGAGACAGCUGGUGAACUGUUACUAGGUAAAUGUGGAAUGUAUUUUGUAGAAGAUAAUGCUUCUGAUACCGUUGAAAGUUCGAACCCUCAGGGAGAAUUGGAACCAGCAUCAUUUUCCUGGACAUAUGAAGAAAUUAAAGAAGUCCACAAGCGUUGGUGGCAAUUGAGAGAUAAUGCUGUAGAAAUCUUUUUAACAAAUGGUAGAACACUCCUGUUAGCAUUUGAUAACACCAAGGUUCGUGAUGAUGUGUACCACAAUAUACUAACAAAUAACCUUCCUAAUCUUCUGGAGUAUGACAACAUUACUGCUCUGACAAAUUUAUGGUAUACUGGACAAAUCACUAAUUUUGAAUAUUUGACUCACUUAAACAAACAUGCUGGUCGCUCCUUCAACGAUCUUAUGCAGUAUCCAGUGUUCCCCUUUAUACUUUCUGACUAUAUUAGUGAAACCCUUGACCUCGGUGAUUCAUUAGUCUACAGAAAUCUCUCCAAGCCCAUAGCUGUUCAGUAUAAAGAAAAAGAAGAUCGUUACGUGGACACAUACAAGUAUUUGGAGGAAGAAUACCGAAAAGGAGCAAGAGAAGAUGACCCCAUGCCUCCAGUACAACCCUACCACUAUGGCUCCCACUACUCCAACAGUGGUACUGUGCUUCACUUCCUGGUCAGGAUGCCUCCUUUCACAAAAAUGUUUUUAGCCUAUCAAGAUCAAAGUUUUGACAUUCCAGACAGAACUUUUCAUUCUACAAAUACAACUUGGCGCCUCUCAUCCUUUGAAUCCAUGACCGAUGUGAAAGAACUUAUCCCAGAGUUUUUUUAUCUACCAGAGUUCUUAGUUAACCGUGAAGGGUUUGAUUUUGGUGUGCGUCAGAAUGGUGAACGGGUUAAUCAUGUCAACCUACCUCCUUGGGCACGAAACGAUCCUCGUCUUUUCAUCCUUAUUCAUCGGCAAGCUCUUGAGUCUGAUUAUGUAUCCCAGAACAUCUGUCAGUGGAUUGACUUGGUGUUUGGAUAUAAGCAAAAAGGGAAGGCUUCCGUUCUAGCCAUCAAUGUCUUUCAUCCAGCUACAUAUUUUGGGAUGGAUGUCUCUGCAGUUGAAGAUCCAGUUCAGAGACGAGCACUGGAAACCAUGAUAAAAACAUACGGCCAGACGCCUCGUCAGUUGUUCCAGUCAGCACAUGUAUGCAGACCUGGAUCCAAACUCAACAUUGAAGGAGAACUCCCUGCUGCUGUGGGGUUGUUAGUGCAGCUUGCUUUCAGGGAAACACGAGAGCAGGUCAAAGAAGUUACUUAUCCGAGUCCUUUGCCAUGGAUUAAAGGUUUAAAAUGGGGAGAGUAUGUUGGUUCCCCAAGUGCUCCAGUACCUGUGGUCUGCUUCAAACAACCCCAUGGGGAAAGAUUUGGUUCUCUCCAGGCUUUGCCCACUAAAGCAAUCUGUGGCUUGUCCCAAAAUUUUUGCCUUCUGAUGACAUACAGCAAAGAACAAGGUGUGAGAAGCAUGAACAGUACUGACAUUCAGUGGUCUGCCAUCCUGAGCUGGGGAUAUGCUGAUAACAUUUUAAGAUUGAAGAGCAAACAGAUUGAACCUCCAAUAAACUUUAUCCAAAGUUCACAACAGUAUCAGGUGACAAGUUGUGCCUGGGUACCUGAUAGUUGCCAAUUAUUUACUGGGAGCAAAUGUGGAGUCAUCACAGCCUACACCAACAGAUUUAUAAGUGGCACGCCAUCUGAGAUAGAAAUGGAGUCUCAGAUACAUCUCUACGGACACACAGAAGAGAUAACAAGCUUAUUUGUUUGCAAACCCUAUAGUAUAAUGAUAAGUGUGAGCAGAGAUGGAACCUGCAUUAUAUGGGAUUUGAACAGGCUGUGCUAUGUACAAAGUUUGGCAGGACACAAAAGCCCUGUCACAGCUGUCUCUGCCAGUGAAACUACAGGUGAUAUUGCCACUGUGUGUGACUCAGCUGGUGGAGGCAGCGAUCUCAGACUCUGGACGGUGAAUGGGGACCUAGUUGGACAUGUCCACUGCAGAGAGAUCAUUUGUUCUGUUGCUUUCUCUAACCAACCUGAGGGAGUAUCCAUCAAUGUCAUUGCUGGAGGAUUAGAAAACGGAAUUGUAAGGUUAUGGAGUACAUGGGACCUAAAGCCUGUGCGUGAAAUUACCUUUCCUAAGUCAAAUAAGCCUAUUGUAAGCCUUACUUUUUCCUGUGAUGGACAUCAUUUGUACACAGCCAACAGUGACGGGACUGUAAUUGCCUGGUGUCGGAAAGAUCAGCAGCGUUUGAAACUACCAAUGUUCUAUUCCUUUCUAAGCAGCUAUGCAGCUGGAUGAAUAGGUGGACUUCGCAUUCUCCAAAGCACUUGAACUACAAGCUAGAUUUAUUGAUGUCACUAGUUUUAGAAGGCUGACCCUGGAGAAAUAGUUGACAAAGCAAACUAUACAAAAUGUAUUCAUCUACCUAGAAUUCUGCAGCGUCCUAAUACUUGGAUAGACAAGUUUUGUUCCAAUUUAGUGAUAAUGUGGAAGCUUGAUUCAGUAAUCACUAACAAACAAGCUUGAAGUCUUAGAUGUUAAAAU